AUGACGACGACCAACGGCCACACAAACGGCACAUCUGCCGAGCCAACCAGCCGCUUCGAUCCCAACUUCACCAAACACGUUAUCAACACCAUGGGCCCCAACAUGACGCCUAGAAAUCGUCAGGUCCUGAGCAGCCUGCUUCGACACUUGCACGACUUUGCGCGCGAGAUCGAGCUGACCAACGAUGAAUGGAUGGCGGGAGUGCACUUUAUCAACUUUAUCGGCCAGACGUCUACCAAGACGAGGAAUGAGGCUCAUCGAGUUUCCGACGUCCUUGGACUUGAGUCCCUCGUCGAUGAAAUCGCCAACAAAAUCAUUGCAGAAGGAGACGUUGAUCCUACUUCGUCUUCUAUCCUCGGGCCUUUCUGGUCUCCCAACGCUCCUUUCCGCGAAAACGGCGGCACCAUCAUCCAGGACGCCAAUCCCAACGGCAGAGUGUGCAAGAUGCACGGCACCAUUACUGAUCUUCUUACCGGAAAGCCUAUCCCCGGCGCUGUCUUUGACAUCUGGCAGGCUAGCGCCAAUGGGAAAUACGACUUCCAGGACCCGGAGAACCAGACUCCCAAUAACUUGCGUGGCAAGUUUAGAGCCGAUGAGAAUGGCAAGUAUUGGUUCUACUGCUACCAUCCUACGGCUUAUUCGCUGCCCACGGAUGGUCCGGCUCAUCAGCUGCUCACGUUGAUGGACCGUCAUCCUAUGCGUCCUGCGCACAUUCAUAUUAUGGUGACACAUCCCGAGUUCAAGGGCUGCACAACACAGCUGUAUCCCAGUGAUGACCCGUGGCUGGAGACGGAUACCGUCUUCGCCGUCAAGGACGAUUUGGUUGUCGAUUUUAAGCCAUUGAAGGGUGAUGACACGGCUACAUUGGAGCUGGAGUACAAUGUGGUUCUAUCACCCAAGGGCUAUAAGGGCAAGAUUUUCUAG